AUGUUGAAAAAACUGACUGUGAAGCAGAUCAAUGAGUGGUUCACCAUCGGUAAAGAGGUGUCAGAUGUCAAACUGCUGGGGACCUGGUCUGAGCCCAGAAGUGAACCGGAGACGGGGGACCAGGAAGCCGGCAACAAGAGGUCUAAGGGGACACCAAAUGAAAUUUCAUAUAUUGCUGAGUUUAGGCACCUGGAGGAUCAGGAACUACAGAAGUACUCCAGCAAUGACUGCAGAGAACCAGGUACUUCAGAUCUUUAUCAGGUGGAUAGAAUUCCUGUGCCUGAACCUGAAGUCCAAUAUCCUGAAAUACCGAUAUUGAAGAACAGAGAAGAGCUAAUUACUUUAAUUGAGAGUAAUUCAGUUGUGAUUGUACAUGGAGCAACUGGAAGCGGAAAGAGCACACAACUACCACAGUAUAUCCUGGAUUACCACAUGCAACGCUCUGCCUACUGUAACAUAGUGGUAACCCAACCGAGGAAGAUCGCCGCUUGCAGCAUUGCCACAUGGAUCAGCAAGGAGAGAAAGUGGCCUUUGAGUGGGCUAGUAGGCUAUCAGGUUUCCCUGGAGAAAAAAGCAUCCGUUGACACUCGCUUGAUCUACAUGACCACCGGUGUCCUCCUGCAGAAGAUAGUGGGUGCUAAGAGCUUGGCUGAAUUUACACACAUUUUUAUUGAUGAGGUCCAUGAACGUACAGAAGAAAUGGAUUUCCUGCUGAUGAUCGUACGCAAACUUAUACGGACAAAUUCGAGAAUGGUGAAGGUAAUUCUGAUGUCCGCCACCAUAAACUGCAGAGAAUUUGCUGAUUAUUUUGCGGUGCCAAUCCAUAAUAAAUUGGUCCCCGCAUGUAUCUUCAAGGUUGAAGGGAAACCAUAUGAUAUUGAAGUGUUUUAUCUGGAUGACUUGAAACAAAUUCCUAAUAUUAAGGUGGCGAAUCAGUACUUUGAUGAACCGGCAAUAUGUAAAGAAGUAUAUGAAGUAGCAGCAUUUUUGCUAAAUUUAUUUGAUGAUAUGGAAAAGGAGGAGCAAAGGCAAAAGAAGACGAGCCCUAUGAUGACCACUCAGCCAAACAGUGUGUUGGUGUUUCUGCCAGGCUUGUAUGAAAUCAACUAUAUGCACGAACUGUUCACAAGCAUGGUUCAUAAAAGAUUGUACGUAUACCCGUUACAUUCAAGCAUCACCCUUGAUGAACAGAACAUGGUGUUCAUGACUCCCGUGUUGGGUUACAGGAAGAUCAUUUUAUCCACAAACAUUGCGGAGAGUUCAAUUACUGUGCCAGAUGUUAAAUACGUUAUAGAUUUCUGCUUGACAAAGACACUUGUGUGUGAUGAAGAGACAAACUACCAGAGCUUGAGGCUGAGCUGGGCAUCCAAGACUAACUGCGAUCAGAGAAAAGGCCGAGCUGGACGGGUGUCAAAAGGAUAUUGCUACAGACUUGUACGCAAAGACUUCUGGAAUCACAACAUACCUGAAAAUGUGGUCCCAGAGAUGCUGCGAAGCCCUUUGGGAAGUACCAUCUUGAAGGUGAAGCUGCUUGACAUGGGUGAGCCAAGGGCAUUGCUCGCUACAGCUCUCUCGCCUCCUAAUGUUUCUGACAUUGAACGCACCAUACUUUUGCUCAAGGAGUUAGGGGCUCUUGCAGUCAGUGGAAAGGAGGAAGAAAACCCAUAUGAUGGAGAGCUCACAUACUUGGGGAAGGUUCUUGCACAGUUACCUGUUGACCUGCAGCUCGGAAAACUGCUUGUCCUUGGCCAUGUUUUUGGAUGCCUGGAUGAGUGCCUCAUUAUCGCUGCAGCACUGUCCCUCAGAAAUUUCUUUGCUAUGCCAUUUAGGCAGCACAUGGAUGGAUACAGGAGCAAACUAAGUUACGCCGGGCAUAGUAGAAGUGACUGCAUCGCACUUGUAAAUGCCUUCAGGUACUGGCAAACUUGCAAGGACAGAGGCGAUCUUAGACUUCCCAAGGAUGAACUUGAGUGGGGCAAGUCAAAUUACUUCCAGAUAAAAAGAAUACGAGAGGUGGCUGCUCUAUAUGAUGAGCUUAAAAAACGCAUUGCACAGUUCAACAUGCAAGUCACUCAUCAUCAGCCUUCCAUGGAUGCAGAGUACAAUCACACACAGCGCUUUAUUCUUCAGGUUGUGAUAGCUGGAGCAUUUUAUCCCAAUUAUUUUACUUUUGGGCAAUCAGACGAAGAAACUGGUAUUAGAGAUCUAGGUGGAAAGGACCCCAAAACGACAGUUGUGCUGAAGAAUGUCCCACCCUAUGGAUUUCUUUACCACAAGCAGAUACAGUCGCUCUUCAGACAGUGCGGUCAAGUAAAAUCCAUUUUGUUUGAUGGCUCAAGAGCAUUUGUGGAAUUUUCUCGCAACCCAACUGAAAGGUUUAAGACCCUUACGGCAGUAUAUUUGGCUCUCAAGACCGCACAACUGAAAGUGCCCCUAGCCCUUAAUAUCCAUUCUGCGGAGACCAUUGAAGAGCAUUCUACAGAUAACAUUGCUGCUUUGAAAUUAACCAGAAUUACUGUGGAUUUUCACAAACAGACAGUAGAGCCUGUUCACAUUUCCCACACUGUUAAAGAGCAGUUGGAAACCAUAAAAGGGCUCAUUUUAUCUGUCAGUGUGACAGAGGUGGUUGAGGUUGGCCAUUUCUGGGGUUAUCGUAUUGAUAAAAGAAAUUAUGAUCUCCUUGGACAUCUAGCUGCAGAAAUCAAUCGCCAUGAUAUGAUGCCUCUCUCUAGACGGCCUCACCCAGAUCUGGUAUGCUUGGCACCAUUUAAGAUUUAUGACAGCCUCCAGUACUACCGAGCUCAAAUACUGUACAUUUCCGGAAGAGACGCCGUGGUCUUCUUUGUGGAUUACGGUAACCAGUCAAAAGUUGAAAUGAAUCUUUUGAGAGAAAUUCCCAGCCAUUUUCUGAAUCUUCCUUUUCAGGCCUUGGAGUUCAAAAUCUGCAAAAUGAGACCGUCUGCACUGUCGCUGAUCUGUGGAGAACAGUGGAGUCGCGCAGCUAGUGUAAAGUUUAACUCCUUAGUCAGUGGUUUCACUCUUAUGGUUAAAGUCUUCUCCAUCGUACACGGCAUCCUGCAUGUUGAUGUCUAUCGAUGUUGUGAUUCUCUUGAGGAAGUCAGUAUAAGAGACAUCCUUAUAUCUGAGGGAUUUGCAGAACCCGCAGAGGAAUCUUUUGAAUCAAAACAAAGCAAUGGCGUACUGACGGAACUGUUCUCAGGCAGUAACACAAGUGAGGGGGUACAUGCACAAGGCUUCAUGAAAAAGGACGAGAAAGACCUGAUUGACAGCCUGCUGGAAAGCUAUCAGAACAAUCAGUUUGGUAAUCCAAACAGUAAGGUUAUUCUUCAUGGCCCUCUCCACCCCUAUGAAGUCCAGUUUCACAGUAUGCUGAGAGUGUCCAAAUUCAGAUCAGUGUGGAUUGAAAAAGAAAGUAUUAACUCAAUAGUGGUCAAUGAUACCCCAGAAGCAACUCACCAGAGAAUGUUUGUCGCUGCGUCGUUGUCUGUCAACUCAACCGGAACUAUGCUAAUGUUGAGAGAGACAUCACUGCUUCCAUCCAUCCCUGGUUUGCCUGCACUUAUCAGCAUGCUGUUUGCUCCUGUAACAGAGCUCAGAGUCGAUGAGAAGAAAAAGGAAUAUACAGGCGUUCUUUGUGGCCUGGGAUGGCAAUACAAUAAUCUCGCAGUUUGGCCCGAACAUGACAUUGAACUGGCUUUUGAUGUCAGCAUUAAAAUGGAUGACCUACUGAAGAUAAAUCAGAUAAGAUCUUCUGUUAACAAGAUCGUUUGUCAAAGUUUUGAUGGUACCAUCGGUGGGAGCGACAGGACUGCAAGGCUCCAGGAAGGUGUGCGAGAACUUCUGCUAAACUUGUUCCAACAAGAGAAACCUCGAGAAGUGACACAGGCAAAGUGGUACGAUAAGCUUUACCAGUGGAAUCAGGUGGACCCAAAAUUCCUCAUAAACCAGACCGGGAGAGUGGAAGAAGAAGCCGUCUGUUCAUAUAUCUACCAGUUGCAUAGAACUGUAAUGUUAAAUCCCUAAGUAUUCUUAAUAUGGCUCCCAAAAAUGGGAGGGAUUUGAGUUAAUGGAGACAUGAGACUUAAUGAUUAUGACAGUGUGAUACUGCAGUAUAUAGUUUGUGGUGUUUGUAUUUUUGUGGUUAUUUUGUUUCUUGAUUUGCAAAUGUAAUGAAACGGUAAUAAACCUGUUGGA